AUGGACUCAUCAAAAGCCCCCGUCAAGCUCGCCCGUGUUGUUAAGGUGCUCGGCAGGACCGGUUCGCGUGGAGGCGUCACCCAGGUCAGGGUGGAGUUCCUCGACGACACCUCGCGCUCCAUCAUCCGCAACGUCAAGGGCCCCGUGCGCGAGUCGGACAUCCUCGCUCUCCUCGAGUCCGAGCGUGAGGCUCGUCGCCUCCGUUGA